AUGGUUGGGCUCAAGUUCCUAUCGUUGGCGGCAACCGCCGUCUUUUUACUGGCCAGGGGGGCCACAGCAGGAGCCGUUAAAAGCACCGCCGAGAGAGUGAACUGCACGUCUGCAAUGAACGCUGCCCGCAACGGUGGAGCAUUCGUUGCACUCAAUCCUGCAGAGGAUCCCGCAUACCAACUGCCUAUUACUACUACAAGUACAACCCCCCCGACUACUUCCACGUCCAACGAUGCGUACAUAAAGAAGGUCUGCGCCGCGAUGAAAAACAAAACACCCAUUUCAACAACGACAAAGCCAGACGGUAUCUUCGCCUACGCAGUGCAAACAGAAGAAAAACCUGACUGCGAGGCCGCCGUAGAUUACUGGAAAAAAGCCUAUUCCACAAUCGGAGAUUUACCUCCCGCCUUUUCGAACUACACAACAGCUCCAUACAAUGAUGCCAACAAUGUCUCUUUAAUGUCCCUGUUCAACCCUAAAGACGAUCCCACGGUGGAUUGCGCAUACUUCAAAUGCGCAGACGCAAGCGAAGCCUCAGUGGAGUUCAAAGCACUGCUUUGUGUCACAACUCCGAAUGCCUUGAAAAAGAAUGAACAACCCUUCACUGAAGAUGAGUGGAAACGCAUUAACACGGCCAUCAAUUCCGGCAGUGCAGCAGUUCCCACUGCCAUCGUCGUUGGUGCCGCUGCACUGGCUGCCCUUUUCUUGUGA